GGGGUGAGGUGAGGGUUGUAGACGGGAAGCAAAACAACGGUCAUCUUCCUUUGUUUCCACAGUUUCCUGAGACAUCUGUUUGGAUAGGGAGAAAAUCAAUAGAUUCCAAGAGAAAUGGGGGUCUCGGAGGUAUCAUACGAGGAAAGCCGUCGAAAAAGACUAGAAGAAAACAAGAAGAGGAUGGAAGAACUUAAUCUUCAUAAGCUUUCUGAGUCUCUUCGAACUGCCAGAAGCCCUAAGUCCUCACCGGUAAAGAAGGUCAAGCCGCGCACACCUCGGUCGCCGGUGGACUUGUCUGCGGUGAGAAGAUCGAGUCGGUUUGUGGAUAAGCCUUCUCCUAAUUACAAGGAAGUGCCCAUUGAGCCUUUGGAGAGGCCUAAAAGAUCCUAUCAACGGAGGGAUUUGUUGAAUCGGGUCUAUGCUUCUGAUGAAGCUAGGGUGUAUGCUGUAGAAAGAGCAGAAGAACUGCAAUCAGGUUUAGAAACUGAUUUUCCAAGCUUUGUGAAGCCAAUGCUCCAAUCUCAUGUGACUGGUGGGUUCUGGCUGGGUCUUCCUGUCCAUUUCUGCAAGAUGCAUCUUCCAAAACAUGAUGAAAUGAUUAGUUUGGUGGAUGAAGAUGGAAAUGAAUCCCCAGUCAAAUACCUUGCUGAGAAAACCGGACUUAGUGGAGGAUGGAGAGGCUUUGCUAUUGACCAUGAAUUAGUUGAUGGGGAUGCAUUGGUUUUCCAACUAAUCAAGCCUACAAAAUUUCAGGUUUACAUUAUAAAGCCAGAUCAGUCCAAAGAUGGUGAUAAAGAUGAUGGUGAUGAGGAUUCUGAUGCUUCACCCUUAGACAUGAGUGCUAAACGAAUCAGAGCAAGCAAAAAGUAACAUUGGAUAUGACAAUCUCACUGCAAGUUCUACCUUUCUGUGGAACAAAGAAAGCUUAUGGUACAAAACUUCAUAUUUAUCUUUUGUGCUUUCUAAGCCACUACAUUUUACUAAUGUAUUCAUUAUGACUCUUGAGAUGCUUAUCAAUCUAUAUCGGUAGUUUAGUGGAAAAGUGUAGGCCAUUUGAUUAUUUGGCCAUAGCUUUAUAUUAAGUAAUUAAAGUGAAGAGCAUGGAACUGUUUCAACAUAA